AUGUCAGAUAAAGAGGAGGAUCCUGAUGAUCAGAAAUAUAUAAAAAGACGCAUCCGUCACUUGAACAUUCACAAGAUUCUCAGAACAUACGGUGCAUCUGAUCCUCUGAGCUGGACGUCUGAAGCGAUGAUCACAAACAUGAUUGUGUUGCUGUGUUUGUCUGCACUGUUUCCCGUGUUGAUGGGCGCACAUGUGUCAAAUCGUGUCAAAGACUGCUCUGAUAUUUAUGCGAGUGGAUAUCGUACCAGUGGUGUGUACACCAUCAACACACUAGAUGGACCUGUGCAGGUCUACUGUGUAGAGUUUGUUCACCAGCUGACGCGCAGGCAUCACUAUAAACUCAGAGUAGAUUUGGAGGACUUUCAAGGAAAGAAGGCUUACGCUCUGUACGAGUCUUUCUCUGUGGACUCUGAGGCUGAUGGGUACAAACUGCAUGUGAGCGGCUUUGUAGAUGGAGGAGCAGGUGACUCUUUGAGUUAUAUUAAUGGAGUGAAGUUCUCCACCUAUGAUAAAGACCAAGAUAAUUCAAAAAGAAACUGUGCUAUGACAUACUUUGGAGGAGGGUUUUGGUACAACGAUUGUUAUUACACAAACCCCACUGGUCAGUAUUUGUGGGAGAAAGAGGGUACAGUAAUGAAUACUGGAGUCACCUGGUACUAUUGGAAGAACAACUGGAAUUCUCUGAAGUCCAUCACCAUGAAGAUCAGACGUGUGAAGUAGAGAAGGGGUUUCUAUCCUUUAUAUGUGCUUCACUGCAGCUUGUGUGCAUAUCCACAACUGUUAUGCAUGUGGAUCUUUCUUAAAAUAUGGUGACAAACAUGUCCCUUUCCUUUUUAUGUGAUGAAAAAUAUUUCAAAAGGUCAAGAAACCUCAAAUAUGAGGUUGUAUAAAAAUAUAUAAAGAAAGAAUUUGACUCCAGAAAAAUCCCUUGCCCUCUUAAAUAAAAAUGUGUUUAAAUUGGGUUCCUGACUUGAAGCAUUUCUUCAUGCUCUUCUGCACCAGCAAAACCUAUG